CACUUAUUUGUGGAGCGACAGGAAAAAAAAGAGGAACUUGCUCUGUGCUUCUGUGUGAGUUUUCUGAUUGGGAUUGGGUCUUUUGUGUGAUUUUAGGAAAUGGGUAUCUUUGCAUUGGUGACAGGAAGGCCAGGGCCUAGUGGGUUUGGAUCAGCUUCCACUGCUGCGCAGGUCACUGAUGGAGUUGAUGCUAGCAACCUUACUGCUAUUGUCACUGGCGGGGCAAGUGGGAUUGGGUUGGAAACUGCAAGGGUCUUGGCACUUCGAAAAGCCCAUGUCAUCAUUGCCGCCAGAAACAUAGAGGCUGCUAAUGAAGCAAAACAGGCUAUUAUUAAAGAAAAUAUAAGUGCCCGAGUGGAUGUUCUGAAACUUGACCUCUGCUCCAUCAAGUCUGUUGGAGCAUUUGUUAACAGCUUCAAUGCUCUUGAUCUUCCUCUCAACCUCUUAAUAAACAAUGCUGGUGUCAUGUUCUGCCCCCACCAGCUUUCGGAAGAUGGAAUAGAAUUGCAGUUUGCAACCAAUCAUCUUGGUCAUUUUCUCUUAACAAACCUUCUCCUUGAGAAAAUGAAGAACACUGCUAGAACUACUGGUGUGGAAGGCAGAAUUGUGAAUCUGUCAUCCAUUGCUCAUGUACACACUUAUAAAGACGGGAUUCAUUUCGAUAAGAUCAACGAUUGGAUUAGUUACAAUGACAAAAGGGCGUACGGGCAAUCCAAAUUAGCAAACAUACUUCAUGCCAACGAGCUCUCUCGUCGAUUGCAGGAAGAAGGUGUGAACAUAACGGUCAAUUCAGUCCACCCAGGGUUGAUCAUGACACCUCUCAUGAGGCAUUCUGCUCUUCUGAUGAGAACUCUGAGGUUGUUCACCUUUUGGAUUUGGAAGAAUGUCCCUCAGGGAGCAGCCACAACAAUGUAUGUAGCCCUGCAUCCAAAAAUGAAAGGUGUGACUGGAAAAUACUAUGUGGACUGUAACGAGAUGAAACCCAGCUCAUAUGCUAGAGAUGAAAAGUUAGCCAAAAAGCUCUGGGACUUCAGCAACAAGUUGAUUGAUGGAGCUUCCAAAAGCUGAUUAUUUAAAAAGCACCCUCUCAAUCUUUGAUGCCUAUUUUUAUAUAAAGCUUGCUUGCAAGGCAUGAGCCUUAUGUUUGUGGAAUUUGGGUUUGAUUGAAAUGGUUCAUAGAUCAUAGUGAUUGUUGUUU